AUGGCCGGGCACCGCCGCCGCCGGCUGGAGAUCGCUGCCGCGCACAGCGCGGACGAGGUGGUCGACACCCACGCCGCGGACCUGUCCGAGUGGGUCCGCAGCCGCGUCCCGUCGGGCCUGCGGAUCGCGGCGGAGACCACCGGCAGGACCGACCUCAUCCGCGAUGCGGCCGCGCUGCUGGUGGACAUCCACUGGUUGCGGGCGCGGGAGACCACCACCCACUUCCCGAACGGGCAGGAGCGGCAGCGGAUGGAACGGACCCUCUCCCUGAUCGAGCAGGGAGUGAUCGAGGUGGACGGGCUCGUCACGCACCGCUUCGCGCCCGAGGAUGCCGCGACAGCCUACCGGCUGCUGCAGCACGAUGCGGACGUGCUGGGCGUGACGAUCGAUUGGAACCGAUAA